AUGUUGUGUAACGUAGCCGUAGCUACCGCGCUGUUCGUCGGGCUUGCCACUUCUCAGGCUGCUGCACCAACUGCUCAGACGCAAAAUGGAACAUACGUCGGUCUACACUCGGCCGAGUAUGACCAAGACUUCUUCUUGGGUAUCCCGUAUGCUCAACCGCCAGUCGGAAGCUUGCGGUUCAGGAACCCGGUAGCACUCAACACUACGUUCAGUGAACCAAAGCCGGCUACCCAGUACUCUAGCGAAUGCUAUGGUUAUGGUUCAGACCAAUGGAACUACCCGGUCUCAGAAGAUUGUCUGUACAUCAACAUCGUUCGUCCAGCAGGAUAUGAGGAUGAGAACCUCCCUGUCUCCUUCUGGAUUCACGGCGGUGGAUUCACACAAGGAGGAGGUAUCGACCAGCGUUACAACCUAUCUUUUACUGUACAGAACUCUGUCAAGAUCGGCAAGCCUAUCAUCGGUGUUAGCAUCAACUACCGACUAAGUGCAUGGGGCUUCUUGGCUGGAAGUGAAGAGCUCAAGGAAAACGGUAACCCCGAGCAAGUGACCAUCUAUGGCGAGAGUGCGGGUGCUCAAUCCGUCGGUUUCCACUUGACAGCAUACGGUGGACGUGAUGAUAAGCUUUUCCGCGGUGCCAUCAUGCAAAGCGGAAACCCCGUCAACUACGGCCCGCUACCGGACCCAGUGACAGGCUAUACGACCAUGUACAACUUGAUCACCAGUCGGACCGGCUGCGCCAACGCAACGAGUCCGCUUGAGUGCCUGCGCGGGGUUCCCACCGUACAGCUCAACGCCGCCAUUAACACGACGACUCCGUAUAUGAACACUACUUCGUUCCAGCCUUGCUUAGAUGGCGACUUCAUCCAGAAGCGCACGUCUCUCCAGCUUGCUGCUGGGGAGUUCGUCCAUGUCCCCAUCAUCUCUGGGGCCAACUCAGACGAAGGUACUGCAUUCAGUCCUUCGCCUGUCAAUUCUACCGAGGAUCUCCGCACCUUCAUCAUGGCUGAAGGUGUUCCCGCCAAUCUCACUGAGCAGCUGCUGGUUGCCUAUCCCGACGACCUUUCGGUCAAUGUAGUAGCAAACUUAGGCCUCAACAGGCCUGAUCCUCUUUUCGGGCCACAGUUCCGCCGUUCUGCAUCCUACUUUGGCGAUUACGUGUUCAUCGCCAACCGUAGGUUGACCUGCCAGACAUGGGCCGCUGCCAACGUCCCAGCAUACUGCUACCGCUUCAAUGUCAUCCCCGCCGGCAUUCCCCCAUCCAUCGGUGUGACACAUUUCCAAGAAGUUGCAUUCGUAUUCAACAACCUCAACGGCGUUGGGUACUUACCUGCUGCUGUCCCGCCAUUCGAGAACAAGACCGAAAGCUACCGUGAACUUGCAAAUUUCAUGAAUAGCAACUGGAUCAGCUUCGUUCACGAUCUUGACCCUAACGCGUGGAGAGAGACGACCGACUUCAACGGUACAGAGGCUAUGUGGCCCGUUUACGACGUGGCUAACCCCAUGGACUUUGUCUUUGACGCCAAUGUUUCCAGCUAUGCGGAACCGGAUACGUACCGGAAAGAGGGCAUGGCUUUGAUAAACGCACACAACUAUGACGUUUACAUGCGGUAG